CAGUGUUGGAGGCUAGUUCCUACCAGAACCAUGAAGUGUGAUAAUCAGGAUAGGCUUCUCUGCAUCAAAGCCAUAUUGUUCUGUGUCAUCCUGAUAUUCUGGGUAAGGAGACCCUAAAUAUUCAUUAAUCUCAAGCACCCAUCCUGGGUGGUCAGGGCCAGUGUUAUCCCCAGGAGAAUUCAUUCACUAAACUGUGAAUCUUGGUAAAUUGAUUUUAUAACAUGCUGGUCUUGGGGGAAUCUUCCCAAUUCAGACACCAGUUUGUUGGUUUGUGUAUAUAAACGUUGUGCUUGCUCUCACGUGAAUGUAUCUUUUCCCUGGCGGUGUCACUAGUGGUUAUAUUACAGCCAUUAUAAUUCUGGGGAAUUCUAUCACAGAGUGUGUGUGUCCCCCUUCCUGGCUAUCACAGAGCGCAGUGUGUGUGUGUGUCCCUCUUCCUGGCUAUCACAGAGCGCAGUGUGUGUGUGUGUGUGUGUGUGUGUGUCCCUUCCUGGCUAUCACAGAGCGCAGUGUGUGUGUGUCCCUCCCUUCCUGGCUAUCACAGAGCGCAGUGUGUGUCCCUCCCUUCCUGGCUAUCACAGAGCGCAGUGUGUGUCCCCCAUCCUGGCUAUCACAGAGCGCAGUGUGUGUCCCCCAUCCUGGCUAUCACAGAGCGCAGUGUGUCCCCCCCAUCCUGGCAAUCACAGAGCGCAGUGUGUGUGUCCCAUCCUGGCUAUCACAGAGCGUGUGUCCCCCACCCCCAUCCUGGCUAUCACAGGCGGUGUGUCUCCCCAUCCUGGCUAUCUGGGCUGGUGUGUCUCCCCCCUCACCUGGCUAUCACAGGUAGCGGUGUCUCCCCCCUCAUCCUGGCUAUCACAGGCGCCCAGUGUCCCCCAUCCACCAAGCUAUCACGGAAGCAUGAGUGUGUCCCCCAUCCUGGCUAUCUGGAAGCAGUGUCGGCUAUCCCCCCCAUCCUGGCUAUCACAGGCGCAGGUCUCCCCCUUCCUGGCUAUCAAGCAGUGCCGCAGUGUCCCCCCAUCCUGGCUAUCACAGAGGCGCCAGUGUGUGUCCCCCCAUCCUGGCUAUCACAGAGCGCGGGUGUGUCCCGAUCCCCCGUGUGGCUUCCCAUCGCAGGCGCCAGUGUCCCGUCCCCAUCCUGGCUAUCACAGGCGCAGUGUGUCCCGUCCCCCAUCCUGGCUAUCACAGCGCGGUGUGUGUGUCCCCAUCCUGGCUAUCACAGGCAGCGUGUGUGUGUGUGUGUGUGUCCCCCAUCCUGGCUAUCACAGGCGCAGUGUGUGUGUCCCCCCCAUCCUGGCUAUCACAGGCGGUGUGUGUGUCCCCCCCAAUACACAAGCUGUCACAGGCAAGUGUCCCCCCAUCCUGGCUAUCAAGCAGCAGUGUGUCCACCCCAUCCUGUGGCUGUCACAGGCGCGGUGUGUGUCCCCAUGCAAGCCCCAUCCUGGCUAUCACAGAGCGCAGUGUGUCUCCCCCCAGCUAUAUCACAGGCGCGAGGGUGUGUGUGUGUGUCCCCCUGGCUAUCCUGGCUAUCCUGGCUAUCACAGGCAGUGUCCCCCCAGUAUCUGUGUCCCCCCAUCCUGGCUAUCUGGAGAGGGCCCCCCCAUCCUGGCUUCACAGGCCGCAGUGUGUCCCAUCCUGGCUAUCACAGGCGCCAGUGUGUCCCCACACUGGCUAUCACAGGCGCCAGUGUGUCCCCCCCCAUCUGCUAUCCUGGAGGCGCAGUGUGUGUGUCCCCCCACAUCCCACAAGCUAUCACAGGCGUGGUGUCCCCCCCCUCCCAGGCAGUGUGUCCCCAUCCUGGCUAUCACAGGCGCGGUGUGCGUGUGUGUGUGUCCCCCCAUCCUGGCUAUCACAGGCGUGUGUCCCCCAUCCACCAAGUAUCCCCCCCUCCCCGAUCCUGGCUAUCACAGGCGCAGUGUCCCCCAUCCUGUAUCACAGAGCGCCGCCGGCUAUCCUGGAACAGCCCAGUGUGUCCCCCCAUCCUGGCUAUCACAGGCGCGUGUGUCCCCCGACAUCCUGCUAUCACAGAGCCGCAGUGUGUGUCCCCAGCCUGGCUAUCUGGGCGCAGUGUGUCCCCCCAUCCUGGCUUGUAUCACAGAGCGCAGUGUGUGUCCCCCAGCCUGGCUAUCACAGAGCGCAGUGUGUGUCCCCCCCCCCAUCCUGGCUAUCACAGAGCGCAGUGUGUGUUGCAGGUCAUGGUGUCUCUUUACGUGUGCGUUCUUUUUCCCUGUACAGAUUACAGGUGUGUUGUUUAUCUGUAUCGGGGCGUUGGUGCAGCUCAGACUGUCUGAUGUCUCGGUGGUCCUUGCUGAAACUUCCUCGGGGGUUCCCAUGGUUUUUACCAUCGUGGGGCUCACUAUAUUCUUUCUGUCUGGCUUUGGUGCCUUGGCUGCUCUGCGAGAAAACAAUACCCUUAUUAAAAUAGUAGGUAUCGUAUGAGUGCUUGCCGUGUUUACCACGAUUUUACGAUAAUCUCACAUGUGCGUUCACAUUGUAAUGACCAUAAAUAGUCUGUAUACAGCCUUUGUCUGGCAGUAUGAAUUAAAAUCUAACUUUAAUAAUCUAAAAACAAACUUCAUUAGGCUGUUCCCAGUGCGGGGUUCUCCAUUACCCUGGGAAGGCGAAGAUGAUACAAAAUCCAUGUGUUGGGGGGUGGCCUUGGUAAUGGAACCCUGAAUAGCCUGGGGUGCAAUAAUGGCUCUGUAUCCCUUCCUGUGUGAUCCAAUGCAUUCUUCCAGGGUUACUUAGAGCCAGACUUGAAACUCCCAAGUGAUCUCCCUCCGUAACAUAAACAUGCGUUAAAUGAACGCUUCCCACUUUACACAAGCAAAUACGGGUGGUGAGAUCUGGGAAACCAUGACAGCAAUGGCCCUCACUGGUUAACUGCCUUACAUCUGUUCCACGCUGUCGCCGUGUCCCGCGCCUGUUCACUGCUGUGUGUUUUCCCCCUCAGUUCUCCGUGAUCAUGCUGCUGAUUUUUGUGGUGGAGAUAGUGGUGGGAAUUUCUGCCUUUACUUACAGAGAUCGGGUGAGUGUGGGCGCUGGCCGGACUCCAGGUAUUUUUAUAUGGAUCUUGUCCUGUGAUGUGAAUUAAUGAUAUUUGUUCCUCUGGAAAAGCUCCUCCAAAACCACGACACCCAUACUGGAUUCUGAGAUUAUUGGGUAAAACAAACUUUUAAGUAGACAAUAGACAUGUGCAUUAGUUUUCAUAUGAUUUCGUCCGAAAAACAUUAUAUAUAUAUAUAUAUAUAUAUAUAUAUAUAUAUAUAUAUAUAUAUAUAUAUAUAUAUAUAUAUAUAUAUAUAUAUAUAUAUAUAUAUAAUUUUUUUUUUUUAUUAUUUUUUUUAUAUUUCAUUUUUGAUCCAACACCCAUCUACAUGGGUUAAAUAACAGGCCCUGAUAAUAUGAAAAGAUGUCUUCUCAGUUUCCGUUCCAUUUUGUCCCAUCAUUCUAGCCCUGGAUGCUCACUUUGUCCAUCUUCUCGUUAUUAUCUUGCAGAUACAAAGUAUCGUGUCACAGAGAUUUCUCAAGGUUCUCCACACGUAUGGCCAGGAGCCAAGACUAACCAACGCCAUAGACAGCAUCCAGCAAGAGGUGAGGAAUGGGACUGAUCGUGGUAUACAGAUGGAUUAUACCUGGAUGCCCAAAAUGUAGACCCUUGGUGUUUUAAAACUACAGCUUCUAUGAUGCUUUGUAAUUCUAAAGGCAUUCAAAACAGUUGUAGUUCUAAAACCUCUAGGGAUCUACCUUUUGGACACUCCAAAUUGUUGCCUAGAAUGAGAGGUAGCUGGUUAACCCUUGGACUGACACUUGGUGUUUGAGUGAUUUUGGGGUCUAUUGUAUGGUCUGGAGACGUGUGGCAGAAUUAAACAUUGGUGGACCAGUUACUGAUAUGCAGAUUGAAUUGGCUUAUAUCUAGGUGGUAGUGGUAUUGUAGCAUAGCCAUGCGUGUUGUCUAUUACCCCCCCACCCCAUGUAGUUCCAGUGUUGUGGUGCACAGAAUUUUACAGACUGGCUGAACAGCACUCUCAACAUGCCCGCCACGUCCGUGCCAAGGAGCUGCUGCCGGAGGAAUCAGCCAAUGUGUGGCAACAAUGCUUUGGAUCACAUGGACAACUUAUUCCUGGAGGUGGGUGUCUGGUCAUGGCUGGGAGUAUAGGCUCUAUGUCUAGGAGGAGGGAAUCUGGUCAUGGCUGGAGGGGUAUGUUUUAGGUCUGAGAAGAGGUGGUCUGGUCAUGGCUAGCUUCUGGCUAAGUUCUUGGUCUGGGAGGAGGGGGUCUGGUCAUGGUUGGGGGGUAGGUUCUAGGGACAGUGCCUUGGUUUGGUGCUCUCACUCUACAGACCUGGUUAUCUUAUGGUAAAGUGACUUCCCAUUUACAAACCUGUCUAUAGGGACCCACCAUCAAUAAACCAGAUGUAUCAUGAGAUGUAAAUUUGUGAAGUGAUUUAAAUGCCAGUAUUUGUUUGUUUCCUGCGUUAACUGCCACUCCCUGACUAUCAGGAAGGGGUCUAAGUUCUAGCUAUAGGAGAUCCCCCAUCUUAUCCUCAUUAUUGAUCUAUAAAGAUCUUUCCAGAUGAGGUCCCUUUAUCAUAUCUGUGAAUAACUGACUCCCACGAAGAGAUCUUCUGGGAUCAGUAAACAUGGCUCCCUCCAGUGUCUGUCUUGUUCACGCUCCAUUCUGCAGGGUUGUGUUGUGAAGAUGAGAAAUUGGAUAUCGGAGCACAUUCAAGUUAUUGGGGCCAUGGGCCUGGGCCUUGGAUUCUCCCAGGUACUGAACCUUGUAUUUGUCUAUUUGUCCUUUGGGGGGAGGGGGGGGUGCGGUGUGUGUGUCCCUGGCUAUCAUGCAGUAAGUCCAGGCAAUGUAUAGAAGAUGUGUGCCGGCAAUCAAGCUAGCAUCUUACCAUCAAUCUGUUCUGUCCCGUCCCAUGUUAUCCCUGGGAGUUGACAAAGGACUAGUAUAACUCAUUCCUAGUUUCCCAUUUUAUAUCAAUAAACAUUUCUGGGAUAUGUAGCUCCCCUCCCAGUGCGUGGUGUUAAUAUAGGCUUGGCCUGUGCCCAUCAUGGUUGCACUGGGCAUCUUGGCAUUAAACCUGAACAUGUCAUCAGAUUGCAGUAACUGUGUUUCUCUCUGCAGAUAUUUGGGAUUCUACUCUCCUGGCUUCUUGUGAAUUUUCUACGGGAAAGCUAUGCCGCUGUGUAA